AUGGAUGGAUUCUAUGACCAGCAAGUCCCGUUUAUAAUCCCCCCCAAUUCCUGUGAGCCUCACAGCCGUCCUCUGAACGACAGGAAAAGGAAAUUUGUAGAGACUGAACUUGCACAGGACUCAGAAGAACUGUUCCAAGACCUCAGUCAGCUCCAGGAGAUCUGGAUAGCAGAAGCUCAGGUGCCUGACGAUGAGCAGUUCGUCCCAGAUUUUCAGUCCGAUAACUUGAUGUUUCAUGGCCCCACACCCUCCAAGAUCAAACGAGAGCAGACUCUGUCCAAAGAUCUGUCUCCCUGUCGCCAGGACCGGAGUCCCAUGCCCUACGCAGAGAAGUGCCUUUACAGCUACAGUGCCUGCGACAGGAAACCCUCCCCAGGGUUCAAGCCAUUAACACCUCCCUCCACCCCGGUGUCUCCAUGUGGGACGUCCACCACACUGAGGGAGCAGACUCCUCCCACACACCAGAAUGGGUCCAGUCCCACUCCAAGACCAGCACAGCAACCCCCAAACCAGCAAGCCCUGCACAGCCUCCCCUUCGCCGUCCCCUGCACGUCUGCUAACCACGAUGCAAGCAACAGGUUUCAAAGGCAAAUGUCAGAGCCAUGUCUGCCCUUUCCUCAGUCAGACAGUCAUGGCUGCCCACCGUUCCUGCCACAGCCCAGCAGCAGCGCUCUGCCGCGGGAAAGUCGGCCUUCGUACCAUCGGCAAAUGUCUGACCCAUUGGUGCCCCUCCCACCACAAGGAUUCAAACAAGAGUUCCUGGACCCGCGGUACACGGAGCAGGGCGUUCCUUCUGUGGCCCCUGGUCCACAACAAACAUCCUUUCACAACAUGAGCAUCAAGCAGGAGCCCCGAGACUUCUGCUUUGAUUCUGAAGUGCCUCAGUGUCAGUCCUCAUAUGGGAGAGCAGGAAGCUUCUAUCAAAAUAAUCAAGACAACUUUUCCUUUGACAGAGAUUCUCAGCUCUACUUCGACGACACGUGUGUGGUCCCUGAAAGACUCGAGGGAAAGAUCAAGCAGGAGCCGGCCUUGUACCGGGACGGCCCGCCGUACCAGCGGCGCGGCUCGCUUCAGCUGUGGCAGUUCCUGGUCACUCUGUUGGACGACCCGGCCAACGGGCAUUUCAUCGCCUGGACCGGGCGUGGCAUGGAGUUCAAGCUCAUAGAGCCCGAAGAGGUGGCUCGGCGCUGGGGCAUCCAAAAGAACCGACCCGCCAUGAACUACGACAAACUCAGCCGCUCUCUGCGUUACUACUACGAGAAGGGAAUCAUGCAGAAGGUUGCUGGGGAGAGGUACGUGUAUAAAUUUGUGUGCGACCCAGAGGCCCUCUUCUCCAUGGCUUUUCCCGACAACCAGCGGCCCAAUCUGAAGAACGACCCUGACGGCGUGCCCGGAUUGGACGAGGACACUGUCCCGCUCGCGCACUAUGAGGACGCUGCCCCCUAUCUGCUGGAAGGGGGAGAACAGUGUGUGGCGGGGCUACCUUUCCAAGAUGGUUACAGCUACUGA